AUGGUGGUAAAAAUUCUGCUCGAAGAGAAACUCGGAAUUUGUGUGAAUAUUCUCAAUUCUUCCGUGACCGGUGGAUUAGAAUUGAUUAACACACGAGGCAAUGAAAUGCCUAUCGUCAUGUUGGAAUUUUGGAAAUCAAAUCGAGUGAAUGAUUACAAAAAAUAUGUACAAAAUGGCAAAUACAUCACCGAUUUGGGAGAAUUAGGACCCAUUGGGAGAGUGGGAUGGUACAUACCUUAUUUCAUGACAGAAAUUGGAAACAACAAUCAAAUGGACGACUUUGUAAGAUCCUAUCGUUAUUUUCGAACCACACCUGUCAUUCCAUUCAUUAACGGAGUUCCACAAGUGCUCUCAUUCAACACUCAGAUUAUUCAAAAUUUAAAAUUGAACCUUAAUGUCACGCCCUUACCAGUUCCAGAAGAAGAUUCAGAGAAAUAUAUUGUUAGUAGUUUGGAAAAUGCAGAACGAACCAAAACACCUCUUGUUGCCUAUUUUUGGACACCUCAUCAAAUAUUCAGCAGGCCAAGACCACCUCAAAGAGUUUAUUUGCCAUUAUACACAGAUGAUUGCAGAAAGCUAGAAAAUGUUGAAAGAGGUCUUGUGGAUUGUGAUUAUCCGCCUACAACUUUAAACAAGCUUCAAUCCGAGGCUGUGAAUAAUCUCUCUCCAAAAGUUCAACUCUUUCUAAAAAAAUUUCAUUAUCAAACUCAGGAUCAAAUUCAAAUUUUAGGAUAUAUUUACUACGGAGAUAUGACUGUAAAAGAAGCUGUUUGUAAAUGGUUGAGAAAUCCGAAUAAUACACUUUUAAUUCAGAGCUGGUUUGACGGUCCUCCAAUUCCCCUUACACAAAAUGUUGGAUUUAUCGUUGGAAUGGCUCAUUUAGCAGUUUUAGUAGGAUUACUAUUCAUUUUAACUGUUGCAUUCAUUGUGGGAUUUAUCUUGCGAAGACAUUCAAUUAUUAAGGAAGAGAACAAGAGAGCCCCAAAACAACCUCCUAUAUGCAUUGUUUUUACACAUAUCCAAAAUGCGUCCUUGUUGUGGACUCUUGCAUCAGAUGUGAUGAAAAAAGUGAUGACUAUUCAUAAUCGAGUGGUUCGAGAAAACAUUAAAAAGCACAAAGGAUAUGAAGUGAAAACACAUUUGGAUUGCUUUAUGAUUGCUUUUCAAUGUCCUUUAGAUGCCGUUGCUUGUUGCAUGACCAUUCAGAAAGAACUUUUAGCAUGCGAAUGGACACCCGACAUGAUGGCCUUUCCUGACAUGCAAGAAGUGGUGUGGAACGAGCAAGUGAUUUACAAAGGUCCUCGAGUUCGAAUGGGAAUGCAUUUUGGACAUGAUAUUGAGGCACAGUAUGAUUCCACUACCAAACGUUUCGAUUAUUUUGGAACAACGGUGAAUAAGGCGAGCCGAGUUGAAAAAGUUUCAAGUGGUGGAAGAGUGUAUAUUAGUGCGGAGACGUUUCACACCAUUCAAAAUAUGACAAUUAAUGGAUUUAAACCCCUAAUGACUAGAAGACCUUCUCUUAACAAUUUAGAAAGCAAUAUAACAACGAAUUUCAAACAAUCCAUUUUGAAAGGAGAUAUCAUGUUUGAAAAUGUUGGAGAACGAGAAUUGAAAGGUCUGGAAGGAAAACACACAAUUUAUUGGGUUAAAGACAUGUCUAAUCUCCGUUAUGCCUAUAUUGAACAAUUUGAAAUGUCACAACGGCCUCCUUCUCUCAUGGGAAGAAUAAUUCCAGUGGCAGUCAUCGAUUCAUCCGAUGGAGACAAGUAUGAGCUCUAUGAAGCAGUCACACAAUGUCUGGCAGAUCCUUCUAAAAUGAACGAAGAAGAGAAAUCCAUUCUACUUCAACGGAUCAUUCUCUUUCCCAAGGAACGUGAGAGAAAUCGAUGGCUUACCUUUCCAAGCACUGCAUUAUUGAAAUUUGUUACUAAUUUUUUGUUGAAUUAUGCUCUGAUUGGCAACGUUGGUCUAAAGAGGCAUCCACCGCCUUCACCCAGAACUCCCAGAAGACUCUUCGAAAUUUUUAAUAUCAACCAAUGA